AUGUUUGCGGGAAAUUUAUGCAAUUCAAGAUGGUGUAUGGCAAGCCAAUCAUGGAUCGAGUCCAUGAGUACGAGAAUCUGGUGGCAGAUAUCUGCUGAAGGGAUGAAGAUGUGUGAAGUCCUCCAGGCCAACUUUCUGAUCGAGAAGCUUCUUGAUUCCUGGUCCAACUACCGCAACCAACAGAAGCACAAGAAGAAAGAUUUAAAUCUUCUCGAACUAGUUAACCACAUGAAUAUUGAAUUGGCGAAUCGCCUCAAAGAUAAGCAUGUUCCUAAAGUUUCUGAUAAUUUAGUUAAGGCUAGUGUUGUGGAGUCUUCUGAAAAUGUUGACAGGUUCAAGAAGGACAAAAAAGGCUAA